UCACUUCACGGUGGAACAAAAAAAUGAAAAAGAAAGACAAAAAAUAAAAAAAGGAGUCCUUUUGCUUGUUGAAAUAUUAUUGUUGUUAUCUGUCACUCUCAGUCUCUUCGAGAAGCCCAGUUCCGUCUACCAUAUUGUUAGAUAUUUUUGUUGCCCUAGAUUUUCACUCUGUAAGUUUUACCUAGAAAAGCCAUGGCUAAUGCAGCUUCUGGAAUGGCUGUGCAUGAUGACUGCAAGCUGAAGUUUCUAGAGUUAAAGGCUAAAAGAACUUACCGCUUCAUAGUAUUCAAGAUUGAGGAGAAACAAAAGCAGGUUGUUGUGGAAAAGGUUGGUGAGCCAACUCAAAGCUACGAGGAUUUCACUGCAAGCCUCCCUGCUGAUGAGUGUCGAUAUGCUGUAUAUGAUUUUGACUUUGUGACUGCUGAGAAUUGCCGGAAAAGCAGGAUUUUCUUCAUUGCAUGGUCUCCUGACACAUCAAGGGUGAGAAGCAAGAUGAUUUACGCUAGCUCCAAGGACAGGUUCAAGAGAGAGUUGGAUGGUAUUCAAGUAGAGCUGCAGGCAACUGAUCCCACUGAGAUGGGACUUGAUGUUAUAAGAAGCCGUGCCAGCUAAAUUGGAGUCUCCAAGAGGCAGGAAUGGAGAUAUUCAAGUGCUCUCUGCUUUUGCUUUAGAUGAAAUGUUAAUAGGCUGUGGGGGGCGGUAUCCACCUGACUGAACUAUGAUAUUGGUUUCUUGUUCAAGUUUUAUAUUGAAGUCUUCGUCUAGAACAAGUUUACUGAUUUC